GAGAAACUGAGAGAAGCGAAAUUCACUCACAACAUUCAUCACAUCUGAUCAGUCACUAACACUGCUGUACCAGUCGCCGUUCUCAUGGCCCAAUGUAAACCGCUCUUCGUUCCCUGGCUGAGGCAACAGAUCGAUGGUGGAGGAUACCCCGGUGUUCAGUGGGUGAACCCGGAGCGAACACACUUCAGCAUCCCGUGGAAACAUGCUCUGAGACAGGACGCUAACAGCGACGACGUCCUUAUAUUUAAGGCGUGGGCACAGACCAGUGCCAGCCCUGAUGGGCGGAUCCCCGGCGACCCCUCGGUGUGGAAGAGGAACUUCCGGAGCGCCCUCAGAGCUCGACGCUUCACAUUAGUAGAGGACAACAAGAACGACGCCGCCAACCCUCACAAAGUGUUCAGGUUCCCGGAGGGCUCGCAGUCCGCGGCGGAGUCGGGGGACGCGCGGUCAGAAUCACAGGAGACGUCGCCCGGAAGUGAUACUUUAGGUACCGUUCUGUACCAGGAUGAAAGUCAGCUGUUUUUAGAUGGAUCCCAGACACCAGAUCUGUUGGAGCAGUGCCUGAGUGGCCUAAACAUUCAUGAAGCUCAACCAGCAGUUCAGUGCGAUGUACAGGGAUCGUUUUACCAGCACGGAUCACCGGAUCAGUACCAGUUCUGUGACGCCAGGUUCCCAGUUCAGGAGACUGGACACGUUCAGGAGUUCUCUCCAGCUGAGGGCGCUGUUGGCGGCGUGGCUUGUUCCCCUGCUGAAGUUGCGCCGACUCUGGUACAGUCUCCACACAAUGGUGUAUUUGAGGGCACACGGCACCAGCCCGUGGAGCCUGGCGUGGGGUCGGGAACUCCUGCCCAGGGCGCAUCCAACGACUCGGAGCCCACAAAAUUUGAAACCCAGUUUAUGGUGAAGGUUUAUUACAAAGGAGAAAAAGUUCUGGAGCAGCUGGUGGAAAACGGGGCCGGAUUUCAGCUCGUGUACAAGGAGGACGUGAGCAGAAUGGCGAGCGAUCUUGGUGUGGUGAAACUCCCCGGUGCUGACCGUAUCAUGGACCAGACUCAGGCCAGAUUCACUCAGGAGAUCCUGAACAAUCUGGGGGGUUUGGAGGUGAGACUGGAGGGGGGGAUGCUGUGCGGAUAUCGCUGGGGAGAAAGUCGUGUGUACUGGGGACUAAAUAAACACGAGCAGGGGUCCAGACCCAGACAGCUCGCCAAAAACCAGCCCGAGCCCCUCUAUUACCCCAAAGAAUUCAUCUCAGACCUGAUAAAGUUCAUGCAUACCGGACGAGAGUCUCCGUCCCCCUUUCUGUACUUCUGUCUGGGGCAGCAGUGGCCCGACCCCAGAAACCGGCCCUGGGAGAGAAUGCUCAUCAUGGUUGAGGUGGUUCUGAUGACGCUGGAGAAUCUGAAGCUGAUGGCUGUAUCUGGGGGCGCGUCCUCACUGCAGUCGUCUAUAGAGCUGCAGAUCUCACUGGAACAGAUGAUGGACUGGUUUUAGAGGAACGUUUACAUCAGAACUUUCGCACUUUGUGGAACUGUUGAGGUACAGGAAGUUCUCUGCAGACCAACCUUCAACUCACGAACGUUCAAAGAUCUGAACAACUGAGUCUGUUUGUUAAAAAUGUAUUUAAAUAUUUAAAUAAGUGCAGAAUUCUAAACAGGUCGCGUCUCUGCCGCUCAGGGCCGGUCCAUGUGCGCCAACUGUUCCACUUUUACAAUUAAAUUAUACAAUUUUCCUUUAAUCUGACAUCUAGUCAAUUGUGUCUAUAUAACAUGUGAAGUUCUGCCUGUUACUAAAUGGUGUGUGGGUGGGUGUGUGUGUGUGUGUGUGUGUGUGUGUGUGUAAAUCGCUCUUCUCUCACGUAUCAAUAAAUGUGAAACUUUUGUUUUCUUAAUGACCAAUCACGUUUCCUAAAUCCAAACCUGAGACACACGUCUGUACUGGAUUCACAUCUAAACCACGUCUGUGGUGUCGUGUGGAUUUUCUAUAAUGUUUACAUGAUAAAAUAUUGUGCUGCUUAUGAGGAAAUAAAGUAAAUAAAAGAAAUAACUUCAA